GAAAAGAUAGACGGACAACAUUAAAGAAUGGACAGGGAAAACACUUGCGGUGACCCAGGUUCUGGCACACAACCGCGACAGAUGGAACAGACUGGGGCAAAGCUUGUCAUGACGGUGCCCCAAUGACUCCACCAGGAGCUAAGUGUGUGAGGAAGGAAGGAAGGAUGUUUGUGACCCCCUUGUACAGCAAUAACUUCAACCAAAUGCCUCCAGUAACCGUUGUUCAGUCCUGCACAUCGGCUCGGUGGAAUUUUAUGUCAUUCCUCCUUACAAAACUGCUGCAACUCUGGGAUAUUGGUGAGCUUCCCUGGAUGAACUGCUUGCUUCAGGGCCUUCCACAGCAUUUCUAUAGGAUUAAGGUCACAGAGUUCCUAGCUCUCAGUGCAAUGAUGUGUGAAGUCGUGAAAAUGGCUACCCUGGGCCGUCCUUUCCAGCUGGGAAUGCUGUACGACUGCCGGUCAGACACUCUGAUCCCAGACAUCACCUUGUGGGAUUCACAGACACUCGAAAACAACCUCAGUAGUCGGGAUCAGCCCAGCACUGAGAUUCACAUCAUCACAUCAGACUCCAUGGAGAAGAAAGUUGCCGCACUCAACGUGUCGGAAUCACUGAAAGCAAGUCUGCUGAGUGGUGCAGUGGAGGUGAAAGGAUCAGCAAAAUAUCUCACUGACACAAAGGAAUCAAAACAGCAGGCACGAGUUACCCUUCAGUACAAAACAACAACCAGCUUUGAACAGCUGACAGUGAGCCACUUGGGGAAGCUGAACAUCAGUGACCCGAGUGUGUUUGACGAGGGGUCGGCAACCCACGUCGUUACAGCAGUGCUGUAUGGGGCCCAGGCUUUCUUUGUGUUUGAUCAAAUGGUCCCUCCAGCAGAGAAACUGCAGGACGUCCAGCGUAAUAUGGAAGCAAUGAUUACACAUCUCCCUGAGUUUGCAGUUCAUGGGGAAGACUCACUGAAAAUGACAGAAGAACAGAAGUCUAAUUCUAGGAAAUUUAGCUGCACCUUUUAUGGGGAUUUCUCACUGAAGAAUAAUCCCACCACAUUCAAAGAUGCCAUCAGUACCUAUGCAAGCCUCCCAAGCUUACUGGGAUCAGGUGGGGAGAAUUCGGUGCCUGUGAGAGUCAUACUUUAUCCUCUCAGUAAACUAAACUCAAAAGCUGCUCUGGUGGUGAGGGAGAUAAGUGUGGAUUUGAUCAGUCACUGCCAGCGUGUCCUGGAACAGCUCAGUGAGGCAGUGAUAAAAUGCAAUGAUAUGCUGAAAGACAGAGUCUCCAUUCAGUUUCCCGAGAUUGGAGAUGGGACAAAAGAAUUCCGAGAGAUGUGCUUGGAAUACAAACAGGUUUUCCAGGGGACUUUAGCAAGAGAUUUGCCAUCUAUCCGGAGAGGUGAAGAGAAGAAAGAUUUACUGGUUGAUAUACUGAAGAAUAGGGAACUGUCACCAUUCAGUCAGCAGUCACUGGUCACAUGGUUGGAUGAUAAGGAACAGGAGAUGAAGGCAGUGGGACAUUACCUCAGGAUGUUUGAAGAUAUACCUUCGGUGAAAUCGAAGACAGAGUUGGAUGAUGAGCUGAUGGAUCCAACAAUAGACUAUGUGGUCUGCUUCACAUUUACAUCACUGCAUCAGGAUGAUCUCUAUCUGUCAGAGGCAAAGAACUACCUCCAAUCUCUCACAGAUCAGAAAAUGCAGUCACCAACUCCUGCUACUGGAGCCUGUGCAACACGACAUAUCAACGAUUGUUUUUGCCAUCCGUCCAUGUCCCGUAAAAUGAAGAAAACAUCUCAAUUAUUCCUGGACUUUGCCACAGCCAACAAAGCAGAUGGGAAAACAAAAUUUCUUCUUGCAUCUGUGAAGGAUGGCAGUCAAACAGGAGCAGCUAUUUACCUGUAUCGGGAAGGGUCUCUGGAGAACCCAUGCUUUGAACCCCUAUCACAGCCAGCGAGACCGAAAUUUAGUCAAACAACACAUGACAGUGUGACUCUGCAGUUACAUCCACCCAGAUAUGGGGCCGGUGAGAUUGUGGGUUACAGAGUAGAGUACCAGGGCCCCCAGCAGGAGGGAUGGACAUCUCUGGUUACACCUGAUAAAUCCCAGUCUUUCACGAUAUCUGGGUUGCAGCCAUACAAGGAAUAUUAUUUCCAGUACAGAGCUGUGUCUAAGGUAGGUGUCAGUAAGGCCAGUGACAGUUGUCGGUACACCACUCAUCCUACAAGUCCACCUGGUCAACUGGCCUUCCAAUAUCGUUCACCAAUUGCCACUCUGACUUGGGACAUUCCAAAACAGAUUGGAGAUGGUGUUAAAAUCGUUCAGUACAAAAUUGAGUAUAAAGAAGAGACAGCAGUUGGGUCCAAACUGGAGUGUGGAUUAUGGGAGGAAGUGAGGACAAAUGAAACACAAUGUCACUGUGAGCUAAAGGGAUUGAAACCAAAGAAAAAAUACAGAGUCCGAGUGUCUGCUGACUGUGGGGAAGCAGGUUGCAGUGCAGCAAGUGAUGAGCUUUUAUUAGAAACAGUAAAUGCACCAAACAGAAUAGCCCAGAAACUUUUGAGCAGAUCUCCAGUGAUAUCCAAAGGAAACCCUUCCAUUUACAAGCUCAACCUAACGGAGAAGAUAUUGGAUGAUAGGAAACACCUUGUGAAAUGCUCCUUUGGAAAACCCAGUACAAAACACAGAAUGAAGACAGUGAUGGUUCUGGGAGCAACAGGGUCAGGAAAGACGACCCUCAUCAAUGGGAUGAUCAACUACAUCUUGGGUGUGAAAUGGGAAGACGACUUCAGAUACAAGUUAAUACAUGAAGAGACAGGAAAAUCUCAGGCUGAAAGUCAGACAUCCUCCAUCACUGCCUACGAACUCCACCAUCAGGUAGGAUUUAAAACUGAUUACUCUCUGACUAUCAUCGAUACACCAGGAUUUGGAGACACCAGGGGAAUAAGCCAAGAUCAAUUGAUCACUGAGCACAUCCGAGAGUUUUUCACCUCCCCACAGGGUGUUGAUCAAAUUGAUGCUGUGUGUCUUGUUGUUCAAGCCUCUUUGGCUCGCCUGACUCACACACAGAAAUAUAUUUUUGAUUCAAUUCUUUCUGUUUUUGGCAAAGAUAUUGCCGAGAAUGUUCAGAUAUUGGUGACAUUUGCAGAUGGAAACCGUCCCCCUGUUCUAGAGGCUUUGAAGGCAGCUGAUGUACCAUGUCCCAAAGAUAAAAAUGGUGUGCCAGCUCACUUCAAGUUCAACAAUUCUGUCAUAUUUGCCCAGUGUCCGGCGUCAGGAAACGAUGGUGCUAAGGGUACUUCUGAUGACAGCGGGGAAGAUGAUGAUGAUGAUAAUUUUGAUGCAACUUUCUGGAAGAAGGGACAAAACAGUAUGAAGAAAUUCUUUAGCGCUCUCAACAAGAUGGAAACAAAAAGUUUAUCUUUGACCAGAGAGGUUUUGAGGGAACGUGAGCAGCUGGAGACUACAGUGGAGGGGUUGCAGGUUCAGAUCAGAGUUAGCCUGACCAAACAGGAGGAGCUCAGAAAAACACAACAAGUUCUGAACCAACACCAGACCGAGCUGGAUGCAAAUAAAGACUUUGAGUAUGAGAUUGAAAUUACAUCUCCAGUGGAGGAAGAUAUCAGCAGGACUGGACAUUACAUAACCAACUGUCAGAAAUGUCGCUUCACCUGUCACUAUCCCUGUAGGAUUGCAAAUGAUGCAAAAAAAUCACGAUGUGCAGCAAUGGACAGGGAUGGGAACUGCACUGUCUGUCCCCAAAAAUGUGUCUGGAGUGUUCACUUCAACCAGAAAUACAAGUUUGACUAUGUAACGAAAAAAGAGAAGAGAACAUUUGAUAAGCUGAAAAAAAAUUAUGAGAUGGCGUAUGGUGAGAAGAUGACUCAGCAGAAAAUCAUGGAGAGUCUUGAGAAAGAGUUUGAUGAGGUUCAGAAUGCAGUCCUGAAGUUUAUUGAACAAUUAUCCAUGAGCAUUAGGAGACUUGAAGAGAUAGCUCUGAGACCAAAUCCGUUAUCUACCCCAGCCUACAUUGAGCUCCUGAUUCAGUCUGAGAGAGUAGAGGCCAAGCCUGGGUUCCUGGACAGAAUUCAGGCACUGACGGAGGUCAAGGAACGGGCAGAGUUAAUAGAGAAAGUUAUCAAUGUGAAUAUGUCAUCAGAGGAGCAGAAGCAAAAUCCAACAGAGUCAAACAAAGGGACUGGAAACUGGGUUAAAAAAGGCAUUUCUCUCAUUUUUAAUUGGUGGUCGGAUGAUAAAUAACUGGAAGACACUGCAAACAUUUCCAAAAUGGGAAGUAAAUGUUCCACCCAGCUGAUAAACAAUCUGCUGAUUCCAAUUCACCCUCCAUCUUCUCCACCAUUUGCCCAGAGUGUUUAAGACCACAUCGUUUUUCCUCAGUGCUGCCCUCCCUCAGACAUGAUGGGAGCUGAGGACAGAGAAUCCAUCCAUAUUGUCUCCUGUUCCCCAUAUAUGUCCCAUCCCUUGGAAAUAACAUUGGAAUGACAGCCUCUAUUACCCCUGUACUCAGUCUACUCACAGCCCCACCUCCUCAACUCCUCCCUCAAUCCCUAUUCUCUCCAUGUUGUCAGACAGCACAUUCCCUGAUCUUGUGUCAAAUGGUGGUAAACUUUCUCCCAGUUCUAUGCUUCUCCCUUACUACUUUCAGAGUCUCGCCCAUGGGAUCGAUGAAGCAUUGAUGUGUUCCAUAAGGUUUGGCUCAGAAAAAUACGAAGUGGGAGAAAUAAGAUGAGACUUAAAUUGUCAAAUGAUGUAGGUAGUCAUUAAGCCCACUGAACCAAUGCUAGUGCACAAAGCAGCACCAAUUGUCCAAUUCUCCCACUUUCCCCAUAAUCUACCCACUAUCAGUUGCAACCAAUGCAGACAUUUGCCCAGAAAUUAAAAAAAUAAAAUAUAUGAUGAUAAUGUGCAAUAGGGAAAAAACAGGAAAUGCUGGAACUGCUCAGCAGGUCAAGCAGUGUCUGCUCAGGCAGAAACAGUUAACAUUUCAUAUCCACAACCUGCAAUAGACUUUUAGAUACUCUUGUGUGGAAUGUCUGAACAUCAGAGCAAAUGCAACUUGUGCAAUCAAAAUAUUAACUGUUUCUCUCUCCAGCUUAUUUGGGUGUUUUUUAAGUCAUUAUGCUUGGACAGAAAGAACAAGAUUAUCCUGUUCCUUAAAAUUCCCUGGGGUCUUACAUUCAUUGUGUACACCACCUCCUUGUUCAUCCUCCCACCAUACAUCAUCACUCUUUCUACCUGCCAUCUAUCUGUGCAUUUCACCAACUCUACAGUAUCAAUAUUACUAAAAAUUAGCCUGCUCACUAUCUGCUGGACACAGGCUUCCACUCACAAACACAAUCCUCCAACAUCAGUAGCUGCCUUUUAUCACCAGGGCAAUUUUAGACCAUAAGACAUAGAAACAGUAUUAUGCCACUCGGGCCAUCGACUCUGUUCCUCCAUUCCAUCAUGGCUAAUCUAUUGCCAUCUCAACCCCUUCUCCUGCCUUCUCCCCAUAACCCACGAUGCCCUGGCUAAUCAAGAACCUAUUAACCUCUUCUUUAAAUAUAAUCAAUGAUGAGACCUCCACAGAUUAACCACCCUCUCGCUAAAGAAAUUCCUUCUCAUCUUUGUUCCGAGGCUGUGCCCUCCGGUCCUAGACUUCCCCACUAUAGGAAACAUUCUCUUCUCAUCCACUCUGUCUGGACCUUUCAAUAUUUGUUAGGUUUCAAUGAGGUGACAGGGCCAGAGCCAUCAAACACUCUUCGUACAUUAACCCUUUUAUUCCCAGAAUCAUUCUUGUGACUCUCCUCUGGACCCUCUUUACUACCAACUCACUUCCCUUCACUGCAUUUCCACAUGACACUUAUUUGCCCAAUCUCUCAAUCUGUCCAAAUCCUUCCGCAGACUCCCUUAAGGUCUGACUAAACACUGCAUUGACAUGUAUACCAAAUGCCCCAUCAUCAGCCCUGUCACUCAAUUCUCAUCCCCUUGCCAGUUUAGUUCCUACCCUCCCCAACAGCUCUGGUAAACCUGCCCAUGAGGAUAUAGAAAACAUACAGCACAAUAUAGGCCCUUCGGCCCACAAAGUUGUGCCGAACAUGUCUCUACCUUAGAAAUUACUAGGCUUACCUAUAACCCUCUAUUUUUUUUCUAAGCUCCAGGUACCUAUCCAAAAGUCUCUUAAAAGACCCUACCGUAUCCACCUGCACCACCGUUGCUGGUGGCCCAUUCCACGCACUCACCACACUCUGCGUAAAAAAAAAAACUUACCCCUGACAUCUCCUCUGUACCUGCUCCCCAGCACCUUAAACCUGUGUCCUUUUGUGGCAACCAUUUCAGCCCUGGGAAAAAGCCUCUGACUAUCCACACAAUACAGUGCCUCUCAUCAUCUUAUACUCCUCUGUCAGGUCACCUCUCAUCCUCCGUCGCUUCAAGGAGAAAAGGCUGAGUUCACUCAACCUAUUCUCAUAAGGCAUGCUCCCCAAUCCAGGCAACAUCCUUGUAAAUCUCCUCUGCACCCUUUCUAUGGUUUCCAUGUCCUUCCUGUAGUGAGGCAACCAGAAAUGAGCACAGUACUCCAAGUGGGGUCUGACCAGGGCCCUAUAUAGCUGCAACAUUACCUCUCGGCUCUUGAACUCAAUCUCAUGAUUGAUGAAGGCUAAUACACCAUACGCCUUCUUAACCACAGAGUCAACCUGCGUAGAAGCUUUGAGUGUCCUAUGAACUCAGACUCCAAGAUCCCUCUGAUCCUCCACACUGCCAAGAGUCUGACCAUUAAUACUGUAUUUUGCCAUCAUAUUUGACCUACCAAAAUGAACCACCUAACACUUAUCUGGGUUGAACUCCAUCUGCCACUCCUCAGCCCAGUUUUGUAACCUCUGACAGCCUCCACACUAUCCACAACACCUCCAACCUUUGUGCUCAUCAGCAAACUUACUAACCCAUCCCUCCACUUCCUCGUGCAUGUCAUUUAUAAAAAUCACGAACAGUAGGGGUCCCAGAACAGAUCCCUCAGGCACUCCACUGGUGACCGACCUCCAUGCAGAAUAUGACCUGUCUACAACCAGUCUAUGCCUUCUGUGGGAUGUGUAACCCAUCAUUUUCGCACAGGUUGUUUCAUUCCUUCCCCAGAAGAGAUCCUAAGAAUCUGAAACCCUGCCCCUGCAGCUGUUCCACAGCCACUGAUCUGUCUGUGCCGUCAUCCUAUUGCUGCCCUGACGCGCAUGUGGCACUGGGAGUAAGACAGAGAUUACUACCCUGGAAGUCCUGUUCUUCAACAUUUUCCCUGUCUCCCUGUACUCACAGUGCAGGAUCUAUUUCCCCUGCCUUUCGACCUGUCAUUGGUUCCACUGUGCACCUCGACCUCUGGCAUUUCACCCUCCCUUGAUAUUUUUUUGCAGCUGCUCUGAGACAUACAUCUAUGCAAUUGGGUCUGGAUCCACCGAGCUCUAACGCUUUGGAUUUGUUGUCUAUGACAAUAUCAGACAUGGGUAAACAACAAUCAGACUGUCGUUUUCGAUACAUUUUGUUACCUCUUCAAAAUGUCGCUCAAUUGGUCAAAUAUUUUUUGAUAAUACAUUUUUUGAUAAUCUAUGAGUAAUCACUAACUGAGCAAGCAUGUAUGAUUCAUGUUAUUCAGAUUUUGUUUCUGCACCACCUCACAUCCUUUUCCUACCCCGCUUGAUCUGGUCUGCCAUUCUGGAAUACAACUAUCACAUUAACUACUCUUUGGUCAUCUUUCUGUUCACUUGUGGAUAGUUUAACAAUACAAGUUUCUGCUGGGGCCAGAGCACUCUCUCAUAUAUGGCACAUAACAGACUGGGAUACAUCUUGGUUCCUGGGGGAGAUACAUCCUCAAAGUUUAUACGAUACCACAUAUGCCUUUUUCAAUGAUAACAUGCUCCAUGAAUAGGUUGUUCCCAAAGGAAUUGACUUGUUUCCUGUUUACCCUUACUAUGGUCAUUAAAUGUAUUGGGGUUUUCCAUUAGAUUUUCUUCCUAUUUCAUUUUCAUGUUCCCCUCUAUACCAGUGGUACAUCUGUUCAAAUUAAAGUUUAUUAUUGGAGUACACACAUAAAAAAAGCCUGAGAUUCUUUUUUCCGCAGGCAUACUCAUCAAAUCAAUAGAAUAGUAACUAUAAACAGGAUCACUGAAAGAACAAGGGCACAGAAGACAACAAACUUUUGAAAUGCAACUACAAAUAAAAUAGUAAUAAAUAACGAGCAUGGAAUAACAAGAUAACAUGAUAGAUGCUGCUUUCCUACAACAGCAUUUCAUGUGGAUGUGCUCAAUGGCUGGAUGAGGUUUACCUGUUAUGAACUCAGCCAAAUCUAGUACCUUUUGUAGGAUUUUCUGUUCAAAGGCAUUGGUGUUCCCAUACCAGGCUGUAAUGCAGCCAGUCAAUACACUCCACUGCUAAUCUCUCAAAGUUUGUCAAAGUUUCUGGUGUCAUGCUGAAUCUCUGCAGCCUUCUAAGGAAGUUGAUGCACUGUCAUGCUUUCUUUACAAUUGCAUUUAUAUAAUGGGUCCAGGACAAGUCCUGUUAGAUAGUGACUCUCAGGCAUUUGAAGUUACUGACUCUCUCCACAUUUGAAGGGUAUCUUCAUUUUUAAUAUGUCUUCCUGCCAACAUCCUUCCUUUUUAUCCAACCCUCCAGAUCACUUGUCAUCUAAGUUCUUUUGGAUUUGUUGUUCUUACCGUUCAACCUUGUGGAACACAUUGUGCGUCAACUCUUAUUCUUUAAGUGUUACAUGAUUAUCGUUUGUCAGAUUUUAGAGUGGACAUCUAUGACUAUCCAGUCACAACAACAUGAAGGCAGUGACACAUCACCUGAACCAACCAUUAAUUCAUUUUGAAGUAUUCUCUGAUUUUCCAAUGAACAUUCUUCUGAUUAAAUAAUCUUGUUGCUAUUGUAUUUUAAAGCAUUCAAGCCUGAUAAAUCUUUCAUUGCCAUAAAGAUAUUGUUUACUCCAAUAGAUACUGAUAAUCAAAUUAAAGGUUAUAGAUGUAGUAGGAUUGAUUAAUGAACCGUCUGUGCAAGCUCAGACCUAUUUGCUGGGAAAAGAGCAUUUUGUUCCAGGAGAAAUAUGUUGGGUCACCAGAGACUAAAAUUUAAGGAAAAUGAACACACCUGCCAAAUACUGAUCAGGGUAUGCAGAACGAGGUGAGUGUGUCAAAAAGAGAAUGGGAAUGGUGAUGAGGUGAGGGAGAAGGAGCAGAGAUCAGUGUAACAGGUAAGGUGAGAAAGAGAAUGUGGUGAAACAGAGAGGAACAGUGGGGACAGAGAGUGCGAGAGAUGGGGUGUGGAGGAGAAGAGAAGCAACAGGCAGAGGAGGGAAGUAAUGGGAAAUGUGGGAGAGUGGCACACAUCGGAGAGUGGGGGAGAGGAAGUGAAGCCAUGGAAAAAUGGGAAACAUGAUGAAAAUGUCGAACGACUACUUCUGGAACAGGAUGAAAUUUUCCACUGCAGUGUGAACUUCAGCUUAUUGUUGUUCCAUCAAG